AAUCAAAUCCAUCAGCCCAUGUGUAUGUCCCAGCUGAUUUAACUCGUUUCUAUAAUUCUUUUUCGUGCCACCAGCCACUGCAUCUUCUCUCCCACCCGUCGGCAUCUCUUUCCAGCAGCCACCACUGGGAAAUCUCAUUACAACAGCAACAGCAGUAUUAUGGCAUCUGUUCUUCGAGUGCCGGUGAAUGAUAUCUUUCAACAACAAAGGAACCUUGUGGCCCUACCAGGAGGUGGAACAUGGACUAGGACUACGUUUAGGAAGCAAAGAUUAUCAAAUCGAAUAGUUUCCAUGUCAAACACAGCUAAGCAAUUUCUUGAGAAGGCUUCGUUUGCAUCACAAAACCUCGGGCUUCCAAUCAUGGUAAAUGGUUGUGGUGGUAAAAUGGGAAAGGCGGUUAUUGAAGCAGCGGUUUCUGAAGGGCUUCAUCUUCUUCCUGUAUCAUUUGGUAGUGCAGAGGAGUCCGGGAAAACUGUGCAAGUCAGUGGGAAAGAGAUUCAGUUUCAUGGUCCUUCUGACAGAGAAAACAUUUUAGCAUCUCUCUUUGAUGAGUAUCCAAAUUUGGUUGUGGUGGACUACACUGUACCUUCUGCAGUGAAUGAUAAUGCAGAGUUAUAUUGCAAAGUUGGAGUGCCUUUUGUAAUGGGAACCACUGGUGGAGACAGGGAGCGUUUGUAUAAGACUGUAGAAGUAUCAAAAGUUUAUGCUGUGAUCUCCCCUCAAAUGGGAAAGCAGGUUGUAGCAUUUCUUGCUGCCAUGGAAAUUAUGGCUGAGCAAUUUCCUGGAGCCUUUUCUGGGUAUUCCCUACAGGUGAUGGAGUCUCAUCAAUCAAACAAAUUGGACACUUCUGGAACUGCCAAGGCUGUCAUCUCAUGCUUUGAGAAGCUGGGGGUCUCUUUUAAAAUGGAUGAGAUACAAAAAAUCCGUGAUCCCAAGCAACAGAUUGAGAUGGUGGGUGUCCCAGAGGAGUACCUGUCUGGUCAUGCAUUUCAUAUGUAUCAUCUGACGUCACCUGAUCAAACAGUUUCGUUUGAGUUUCAGCAUAAUGUUUGUGGUAGAUCAAUCUAUGCGCAGGGUACUAUCGAUGCUACAAUUUUCCUCGCACAACAGGUUAAAACAAAGGCAGAAAAGCGUAUCUACGAUAUGAUGGAUGUCUUGCGGGAGGGUAACAUGCGAUGAUAAUCAAGUUUUGGCUGCAGAGAUUUUGUUUUGUUACUUAUGUGGUGGCUACAGACUGGGGCAUUUAGCAUAAGGUGGGAAAGAUGAUCAAGCUUGAUUACAGAGUUUUGUUAUUUUAGUAGUUCAUGUGUUGGUCAAAGUGAUUUAUUUAGGCGUUAACUUGGGAGGGUACACGCAAUUGGAAUUAGAUUUGAAUGUAGACUUUUGCGCUUGUAUUAUUAGUGGAAUAAAUAUAGGGAUAUUAAUUGAGAAGUAGAAGAGAGAGUUGCGAGGGCUAAUUUUGAAUAAAAAUUCAGUAUUUUAUCAUUGUUGUCUUUGUUGCUGUUGGUAUUAGUCUUGAGAAAUCUAAAUAAUAGUCUAGUCUAUGAAAACAUAA